AUGAAAUUCGGUCUUGAUUUCAACUCAGAUGUGUUGCCUCGGUCUCCGGUGGCAAAUCUGGACCCCUCAUCUGCCUUUUUUGAUGUCUAUAAGUCCCGGCCUGCCACACCUCGCACUGAACAAGCACUGGCCAUAGAACUUCUAAACAACACGCUUUCCAGAAUGAACCGCUUGCUGAUUCUGAGAGCCCAGGACAGCAGUGCUGAGAGACGGAGGCGGAUAGAACUCUUGUUCCAGAAGGGGCGCUCGCAGAAUGACUACAUAGGCCAGCUAGUGGAGCAGAAAUCUGCUCUGGACAGAAAAUUGAAGAAACGAGAAGUCCAGCAGAUCAUAGAACAUCAAGAGAAACUACGGAGAGAAGAAGAGGCACGCAGGAAGGCUCUUCAGGAGGAAAAAGAGCGCAAGGAGAGAGAAGAGUUGGAGCGGAAAAAGAAGCAGGAGGAAGAAGCUAAGAGAAAGGAAGAAGAGGCAGCUAAACAGAGGGCCGAGGAAGAGAAAAAAGCGGCCGAGGAAAAAAAAUUGAAGGAAGAAAAGGAGAAAGCAGAGGCGCUGCUUAAGUUAAAGGAAAAGUUACGUAAGGCAAAGGAGGAGGCUGCUCGAAAAGCUGCUGGAGGUUUCACUGUUCCGGAAGAAGUAGAGAAAGAGGUACUCAAAUUUAGACAGGAUAUCCUUGACAUCAAGAAGAAUAUCGUGGAGGAGAUGAACAAAAAUCGAGAAUUGAAAAAAAAUGCAGGUGUGGUGAAACGGAAACUUAACAUCAAGUUUGGCCAGUUAUCGUCUUCAAUGACCCAAUUGAACACGAUCACUCGGGAAGUGGUUGAACUAGUCAACUACACGAAACAAAACGAAUUAGUUUACCAAUGGAUUCUCAAUUUCAUCGCCAAGGCCAUUGUUGCACAAGCAGAGACCGAAGUUAUCGUGCAACCCACUGCUGCCCUUCCAUUGGCAAGAUUGGCAUUGCAUUUGUUACAAAAUCUCGACGGUCUCUACUACUAUCUCUGUGCCCGUUUUGCUAAGAAAUGUGCCCUUAUUCUUGGCUACACAUGUGCCAUUGAUACCGAGGAAGGACGAACCCGAAUGGGAUGGAGACGAACAGAUGAAAAGUGGGAAGCAGAAGUCAAGUACGAGGAGAGAAUGGGUGGAAUAGCGGCCGUUUGGGCGGUAAUGGCACGUUUGGGUGCAGACCAGAAAAGCUUUCCAUUCUUUAGUAUGGCUUCUGAGUGGAAGUUCAUGGCCCGAAUGCUCAACACAAGCAAGGAUCUCAUUACCAACGUUCAUUACGUUGUCUUCUGCAAUUGGUGGGAGGCAGCGGCGGAAUACCUUGUCAAGAACUACGGUAAACAGGCAAUAAAGGGGUUGCAAUUGGCUGUGGGUGAUUGGGUUUCUUACGGUAAGCUGAAGAGCUAUCCUGCUGCAACUAGAUUGAGUAUUCUCGGAGAGGAUUACGCUACACAAGGUAAUUUCAACCUGCUCAAGGAGAUGGAUAAUUAG